AUGCGAUUUCUCAAAGUGAGCACUUCAGUUUGUCCACCAGAUGGAAUUGACGGUGCUGACCCCAAACACAACUACGACCUCGUCGUCAUUGUGAAAUCAGCCGUCUACAACUUCGAGGACAGACAAAACUUUCGCAGAUACUACGCCCAUCUGAGAUACGACAGCAGCUACAAACUACCCUGUCGCAUAGGAGUAGUGUUCGUGGUGGGCCUGCCCACAAGCACAAACAGCAAUUCAUUCCAACGCGAUGGUUUCAACAUCUCACUGACCGGUCGCGCCGGCAACUCGCUCGUCAACAUUGCAAACCGCCGCGCCCAGAUUCGAACUCGUCUGGAGAAGGAGAUGCGUGAACAUGAUGAUCUCAUCGUGGGCGACUUCGAGGACACCUACAACAAUCUGUCUCUGAAGAUGCAUCACACAUUCGUGUGGGCGGCCAGGUUCUGUCGCGAACGUCCUGCCUUCAUGUUCCUCGACGAUGACUUUGGUUUUAAUGAGAAGCACCUGCAGGCUGUACUGGCCACUCUGCCAGUGGAUUGGCGGCGCAGAGUUUCCAUUUCGAGUACUCGCUGGAAUAGUCCCACAGUGCGUCCCACGGACACUCCGGCCGUCCGAAAAUGGGCACUGUCGAAACGGGAGGUUCCGUGGCCAGUGCAUGCACCCUACAGCAACGGUUUCUUCUACAUGCUUGGUUACGAUCACGUGGCGGAUCUGGCUUUGGCCAUGUUCUACACCAAACGCAUUCCCAUUGAUGAUGUCUGGUUGGGUCUGGUGAUGCAUAGGAUUGGUCUUCAGUUCGAGUUGCCAGCUGGGAUCGUGUACUCCUUGAGACAUCAGGAAAAUGUCACCGGCUAUAUCGCCUUGCCCCUCCAAUCUCUCCGCCGCACAUCUGUAUGGUGA